UACCAAUUCGCCGCCUCAACGAUGUGGCCCUUCUCGUCAUCAUCAUCAUCGCAGAGCAGCGAUCCGUCAGCAGCGCCUCCGUCGGCAUGUCCAGUGGACGAUGCUACGAGGGAAAAGUGGUUGAGGGAGAAUGGCAGAACAGGAGGAGGAGGAGGCGCAGCGGCGGGACCUUCAUCGCAGUCUUCUGGCUCGGGCUCUUCUUCAUCGAGCAAGCUCUCAUCAGAUCGGGUCAUUUCAUCAAUUCCUCGAUGGCUCGCGUCAGCGCCCGAGUCGUCGCCGCCUUCUAGCAGCUCCUCAGGGUCGAAGGAUGCCGCCACACCUCCGGCAAGCUGUCCCUCUCACCUCUCCAAGCCUGGCGCUAGCAGCAGCAGCAGCAGCAGCAGCGACGUAACCUCCCCUCCUCCUCCCCCCGCCCAAAGCAAUUGGGUGUACCCUUCCCCCUCGCAAUUCCACGCUGCUCUAAUCCGCAAAGGUCGGGCCUCUUCAGCAGAAGCCGCUAGCAUGGACAUAGUGGUACCGAUACACAACGCAGUCAAUGAGCGCUGUUGGGAGGAAAUCCUGGCGUGGGAGAGGGAUGCCGCUGGGGGAGAGGCGGGAGCGCCAAGAGGUAGCAGUUGGCAGGUGUGCGGCGGACCGAAGCUUGUUAGCUUUCAGGGGAGGCCGAAAGACGUUACAUGGAAGGCUUGGGGCAGGGGAUUGCUCGGCUAUCAACCUCCCUUCGAUCGCCACGACUGGAUAGUCGAUCGAUGUGGGCACCGCAUGCGCUACAUCAUCGACUUCUAUGCUGGGCGAGGCGGUGCGCCUGGUGGGAACCCUUUUGCGCCUGCUCAGCCUGGCGAGGGAAGUGGCAGUGGGCAAGGUGGGGGACCGCUGAGCUUCUACCUCGAUGUGAGGCCUGCGCCUGAUACAGUUGAGGGGCUGAUGAUGAGGGCGAGGCGAGCUGUCGGGCUGGGCAAGGGGCCGGAAGCUGCCACUGCCACUGCUGCGAGUAAGCCUGCUGGCUCAUGACAGGACCCACCGGCAUGACAAUGAAGAGGUGAGAUUGUCUAUUGAUACAGAUGUGUGAGGGGCAGAGCAUGUAGAAGGUUCUUGCGAAGAGGCGCGGUGGCUACUCGAAGACCAAAUCGAUAUCGAAG